UGGUGUUUGAUUUAUAUGUUCAUACUUAGGUGAUAAAACAGGUAUAACUAAGAAAUCAUGUGGGAAGAAGAGGGAGGUGAAGAAGGAUUUUAAUUUUUUCAAUGUCUAUACUUUUUUAAUUACACAAGGCAUAUCUCUCUGAAAUACCCUCUAUUCAAAUGGCAGACAUUGGGUAAUAUAAUGUCUGCAGCUAAUAACCCACCUAAUGAAGUGUGGGGAAUGAAAGAAACCAAAUGAUUUCAUAGACAGCUAAAUCCUGAUUGGUCUCCCAGUUGCCAGUCUCCUGGAGCUGAGAUUAAAUUCUUUCUACAAACUCACAAAUCAUCAAAGGGUAAAAUUUUUCCCUAGAGUAAACUGGAGAAAUCGACUGGACUUUGAAUAUUGUUUCACCUGUACAUUUUGCCUGGUGGACACAAGGUAACAGUAAUUGACCAUGUUUCAAGUAGAACACUUUUUUUGUAAGUAUUAUCUCCUCUCAAAAGGAAAAAAAAUCGAGUGAAAGAGUAACUAUUUUGUUGUUAUAGGUAACGAUUUGAAACAUGAAGACUACAAUUCUACUCUUUUGUCUUCUAGGAUCAACUCAGUCCUUACCAAGGCAUCUGAACCUGCUUUGACUGACUCCAACAAAGUUGGCUCCAGACCAGGCCACACAACCUCUUGUCUCAUACAUCAAUUUCAAUGCUCUGCAGGUCUUCCCUUCUUUAAGUGUAAUACCAUUAACACAGAUGCUCACACUGGGCUCAGAUCUGCAUCUGUUAAAUCCUGCCGUGGGGAUGACUCCUGGCCUACAAGCCCACCCACUGCCCCUGGGGGGGCUGAAUGUACAACAGCAGCUGCAACCACAGGUGUUACCAAUUUUUAUAGCACAACUUGGAGCCCAGGGUACUAUUCUAAGCUCAGAGGAAUUGCCAGUGGCCCCACACUUCUUCACGGGCCUCAUCAUCCACCCCUUGCUCCCGGGAGGGAUCCUGCUGCCCACUCAGGCAGGGGCUAACCCAGAUGGCCAGGGCACAAGCCUUCCUGCAGGACAAGCAGGAGUAAACCCUGCCACCCACGGAACCCCAGAGGGCCACCUCCCAACUCCCACAGACACGGAUGAUGAGUUUGGAGUGACAACCCCCGCGGGCCUCCGAAGGGGCCUGCACACGACGGAGGAAACCACCACAGAACCGCCAAAUGGUAAAUUCCUCCAGCUCAGGAAGGCUCCUUGA